CAAUGGCUUUAUUGACGGAUCCAAGAGCGGGAUCUGGAAAAAUAAUAAAAUUUUUAUUAAAAUGGGAACAACCACUAUGUUUCUUUUUAUAUAUAAGUGGCAUUGUUUGGAUAUUACUUCUUGCUUUACCGAUGUUUAAUGAUAAUACUUAUUUCUCCGAAAAUGCUUUAUUACCUGGCUUAGUUACAAAGAAAAGUAAUUUAGAGCAAACAGCAAAACAAUAUUAUGUAUACUUACUUCAUGAAAUGAAACGGUAUCCUGAUGUGAUGCCAUAUGCAUGGUUAGCUGCUAAAUUAAAUCAGCUUCAUUUAGAUGUUUUCAUACAUAAUUUCACGUUAGUGAAUCCCUUUCAAGACCAACAGUUUACAGGUCAAAAUAUAUAUGGAAUUAUAAGAGCUCCAAGAGCUGCCAGUACAGAAUCAAUUGUAGUUAGUGUACCUUUCAGACCAAUUAAUAGUAUUUAUUUGGAUACAGCACCUUCCAUUGCUCUUCUUCUUGCAUUUGCCAAAUUUUGUAGAAAACAGAAAUAUUGGGCGAAGGAUAUUAUAUUUCUAAUAACAGAACAUGAACAGUUAGGAAUACAGGCAUGGUUGGAUGCAUACCAUGGAGUUACAAGUGGUAAUGAAGGAGUACUCAUAUCUGGAGAUCUUCCUGGUCGUGCUGGUUCCAUUCAAGCUGCUAUUAAUUUGGAGCUACAUUCAAUGAAGAUUUCAUCUAUUGAUGUUAAAGUAGAAGGAUUAAAUGGACGAUUGCCCAAUUUAGACCUUUUUAAUUUGGCACAAAAUAUGAUAGCAAAGGAAGGAAUUCGUCAAUCAUUUCAGAAACGUUUUGAUGUUAAAUAUAAAAACAAAUUCAAAAAUUGGUGGUAUCAUUUCAAUACACUUCUAAUGAUGAUUACAAGUCAGGCUACUGGAAUUCCAACAGGAAAUCAUGGACUUUUCCACAGAUUUGGUAUUGAAGCAAUUACCUUAGAAGGUUUUGAAAAACCUCGUCAACAAAGUUCAGAUGGAAACUUUUACCAAGUUGGUCGUGUUGUAGAAAGUAUAGUUCGAUCAUUAAAUAAUUUAUUAGAACGUUUUCAUCAAUCUUAUUUUUUUUAUCUGCUUCCUUCAACUGAUACUUAUAUUUCUAUUGGACUUUAUAUAAGAUCAUUAGUCUUAAUUAUUGCGGGAAUAUUUAUAAAAGCAUUUUGCAUGUGGCAAAGGCUUCAAGCAUCUAAUUCUAUAGAAGAUACGAAAAACACUACCAUUAAACAAUCAAAGGAUGAUGGAUUCGAUAUUGGCAUUAUUACUUCAGAGAUAUUAUGGGCUCAUAUUUGCGGUGUUGCGAUUUUAACAUGCCCACAUCCACUUACUUAUUUUGGUAGAAAAAUGAAUUUCCAUACAGCAGAUUCUAUAUAUUUUGGUUUCGUGGCAAUAACCAUUUUAACCAUAAUGUGGCCAUUCUAUUCUAGAAGACAAAUGAAAUAUAAAACUGCAGCUUUAAUUUGUGUAAUUGCUUUAGUAGAAUUAGGUACAGUAUUAAUGUGUAUAGCAAUGCAUAAUUUUUCUCUGGCACUUCUUGCUGCUGUAAUUUAUGUACCUGUCAUUUUACCAGUAAUACCAAAACAAAAUUUUACCAAGUUUCACAAAAUGUUAUCUUUUAUGUGGAUUCUUUUACAUCCAUUUAUGAUUGCAAGUUUAUUCAUAAUGUGUUAUGCAUAUAUCAAUUUUUCUUCAAAUUCCAUUUUGUCCAUUUUAUUCCAUGGAUAUCGUGCUAUUAAGCAAGCAUUGGUUUUCAGUAUUAUGGAUUCAAUGAUUUAUGGAAAUUGGUUGUAUAACGUAACAGUUUCUACAAUAUUUCCUAUAUGGUUUUUAUUUUGGAACAUUUUACAUUCUAAAAUUGAUGCAGAUUCUUAA